AUGGCCACCUCCGCCGUUCUGGGUUACCCCCGCAUCGGACCUCAGCGUGAGGUCAAGAAGGCCCUCGAGGCUUACUGGGGCGGCAAGACGUCGCAGGAGGAGCUGCUCAAGGUCGCCAAGGAGCAGAGGCUGCUGACGUACAAGUCGAUCAAGGAGCAGGGCGUCGACACCGUCCCCACCGGCACCUUCUCGCUCUACGACCACGUCCUCGAUGCCUCGAACACGUUCAACCUGAUCCCGGCCCAGUACGCCCAGGCCGGCCUCGACCCGCUGGACACCUACUUUGCCAUGGCCCGUGGCCACCAGAAGAACGGCGUCGACCUGCCCGCCACCGAGAUGCAGAAGUGGUUUGACUCCAACUACCACUACCUCGUCCCCGAGCUGAGCGAGAAGACCGAGUUCAAGAUCAACAACACCAAGCCCGUCGACGACUUUGUCGAGGCCAAGGAGGCCGGCUACAACGCCCGCCCCGUCCUCGUCGGCCCCGUCACCCUCCUCGCCCUCGGCAAGGCGGGCAAGGACGCCUCGAGCGACAGCUUCGACCCCGUCUCGCUCCUCCCCAAGCUCGCCCCCGUCUACGGCGAGAUGCUCGCCAAGCUCGCCGCCGCUGGCGCCGAGUGGGUCCAGAUCGACGAGCCCGUCCUGGUUCUCGACGCCGCCAAGAAGUACGCGUCCGAGUUCAAGGCGGCCUACGAGGCCAUCGCCAAGGCGGCCCCGCAGACCAAGAUCCUCCUGACGACCUACUUUGGCAAGCUCGAGGACAACAUCGAGAUUGUCAAGACGCUCCCCGUCGCCGGUCUCCACAUUGACCUCGACCGCGCCCCGCAGCAGCUCGACGAGGUCCUGUCGACCUUUGCCUCGUCCAAGCUCGUCAUCUCGCUCGGCCUCGUCUCGGGCCGCAACAUCUGGAAGACGGACCUCAAGGCCGCGCUCGCCACCGCCCAGAAGGCCGUCCAGGCCCUCGGCGGCGACGCCUCGCGCGUCCAGAUCGCCUCGUCGUCAUCGCUCCUCCACACGCCCAUCACCGUCGCCAACGAGAAGAAGCUCAAGCCCGAGGUCCUCGACUGGUUCUCGUUCGCCAACGAGAAGUGCGGCGAGGUCGCCACCCUGGCCGCCGCCCUCCGCGACCCCUCGAGCGCCGCCGACCGCCUCGCCGCCAACGAGAAGAGCAUCAAGGCCCGCCGCGACUUUGAGAAGAACUCGGACCCCGCCGUCCGCGAGCGUGUCGCCAACAUCAAGCCCCAGGACCUGGCCCGCCAGUCGCCGUUCGAGGUCCGCAAGGAGGUUCAGAAGAAGCACCUCAACCUGCCCAUUUUCCCCACGACGACCAUCGGCUCGUUCCCGCAGACCAAGGAGAUCCGCCAGUACCGCGCGCGCUUCAACAAGGGCGAGAUCAGCCAGGCCGACUACGAGAAGUUCCUCGAGGACGAGAUCAAGAUGGUCGUCGAGAAGCAGGAGGCCCUCGGCCUCGACGUGCUCGUCCACGGCGAGCCCGAGCGCAACGACAUGGUCCAGUACUUUGGCGAGCUGCUCGACGGCUUCGUCUUCACCCAGAACGCCUGGGUCCAGUCGUUCGGCUCGCGCUACGUCCGCCCGCCGAUUGUCGUCUCGGACGUCAGCCGCCCGGCGCCGAUGACGGUCCGCUGGUCGUCGUACGCCCAGAGCCUCACCAAGAAGGCCAUGAAGGGCAUGCUCACCGGCCCCGUCACCAUCCUCAACUGGUCGUUCCCGCGCGCCGACAUCAGCAAGGAGGUCCAGUCCAAGCAGAUUGCCCUCGCCCUCCGCGACGAGGUCAUCGACCUCGAGAAGGCCGGCGUCCGCGCCGUCCAGGUCGACGAGCCCGCCAUCCGCGAGGGCCUGCCCCUCCGCCAGAAGGACUGGGACGGCUACCUCCGCUGGGCCGUCGACUCGUUCCGCCUCUCGACGUCGGGCGCCUCGGACGCCAUGAACAUCGCCUCGCACUUCUGCUACUCGCAGUUUGACCAGAUCAUGCAGUCGAUCAUCGAGCUCGACGCCGACAUGAUCUCGAUCGAGCACUCCAAGUCCGGCGAGCACCUCCUCGGCUCGUUCAAGCGCGUCGGCUACCCGUCGCACAUCGGCCCCGGCGUCUUUGACAUCCACUCGCCCCGUGUCCCCAACAAGGACGAGAUGGUCGAGCGCGUCAAGGCCAUGGCCGCCGUCCUGCCCAAGGAGUCGAUCUGGGUCAACCCGGACUGCGGCCUCAAGACCCGCACCUGGGACGAGUGCACCGCCCAGCUCCAGAACAUGGUGGCCGCCGCCGAGGAAUGCCGCAAGACGCUCGCCUGA